CAGAAGCGCCAGGUCGAGACAAAAGUCUACGUCAAGAGGAUUUGGUGAGUGAGGAGCGCGAGGACAGAUCCAGACAUGAAUAGAGUCACUAAAACCCACAUGACCUCAACCAUGUACUUCCCCAGUAUGGGUACAGCCCCUUUCUUUAAGGUGACUGUGUUUGAGCAGGAGCAUUUCCAGGGCAAGUGUUUGGAGUUCACCUCCGAGUGCUGCAACAUCCACGACUGCGGCCUGGACAACAUCCGCUCCAUCCGAGUGGAGAGUGGAGCCUGGGUGGGUUUCGAGCACCACGACUUCCAAGGCCAGCAGUUCAUCCUGGAGAGAGGGGAGUACCCCAACUGGGACGCUUACAGCGGCUCCCUGUCCUACCACACAGAGCGCUUCAUGUCCUUUCGCCCCAUCUACUGCGCUUCUCACCACAGCAGCCGCAUGAUGAUCUUUGAGAGGGAGAACUUCAUGGGCCGCUGCACCGAGCUGUGCGACGACUACCCCUCCCUGCAGGCCAUGGGCUGGUUCAUGCCUGAGGUGGGCUCCAUGCACGUGCAGUGUGGAGCCUUCGUGUGUUAUGAGUACCCAGGUUACAGAGGCCAGCAGUACAUCAUGGAGUGUGAGAGACACAGCGGAGACUACCAGCACUGGAGGAACUGGGGCUCCCACUGCCAGACUCCCAAGAUCCAGUCCAUCAGACGCAUCAGGCACUGAGAGGGAACAGAUCAGUAAAAGGCAACAACAGCAGCAGAGCCUGGGCUCAGGCUAACACCUGGGCACUGUGUUGUGAGGGCCUGGAUAUAAGUCCCAAGCCAACUUUAGGUUUGGUUCUGAGCUUAGGGCUUCAAUAACUCAGCACUGUGAUUACAACACAAACCAUCAGUGACGUAGCAGCUACCUCUUUAUCUCAGCUCAUAUUCAUAUUUCUGUUAUUACUCAUUUUGUUUUAGUACAAAUGAAAUAAAGGUCAGAUUCAGAGCAUGAGAAGUCCUUUCUGUAAUUCCUGUGUGAGCGCACAUAUUCAGAGACAGUGA